AUGAAAGCCCGCGGCGGCGGUGUGACGGUUGGGUGGGAUCGGAUCGCGUUGCCUGCCACGCUGGCGGAGUGCGGCCGAAUGGUGCUCGAGUCGCCCGACCCGCGCGUUAAGAUCGCCGUCACCCACGCCGCGCACCGCUUGCUCGCCAGCGGCGCGGCGGCCGCAGACGAGUCGGCUGCGGUAGGCAGUCAGGCGGCGGAGGCGGCGGCAGCGGCGGUUGGCGUGGCGACUGCCCCUCCGAAACCCGCGCGGCCGGCGCGGCCAGAGCUGGUUCACCCGCGGGCAAUCCCCAAGCCUGGACCCUCCUCCCCCUUACCCUGGCCGGCGCACAUGCUGCACAACCUAGCCCACGUGGAAUUGAACGCCAUUGACCUGGCAUGGGAUACUGUUGUCAGAUUCUCCGCUCUAGGGGCGGAGGGGGAGGGGGGGGACGAGGAGGGGGAAGGGGGAGCCGAGGAGGGGGAAGGGGGAGCCGAGGAGGGGGAGAGGGUGUGGAGUGGAAGGGGUGGGAGGGAUGGGGAGGAGGAGGGGAGAAGGGAGAACUUGGAGCAAUCAUGGAAGCUUCCACGUCAGUUCUUUUUGGAUUUUGUACACGUGGCAGAUGAUGAGAGCAGACACCUGGCAUGGUGCCUGCAGCGCCUGGAAGAGAUGGGGCACAGCUACGGUGACAUGCCAGCUCACAACCUGCUCUGGAGGGACUGCGAGAAGUCGGCCAAUCAUGUGCAAGACAGGCUGGCAGUCAUUCCCAUGGUGCAGGAGGCGAGGGGGUUGGACGCGGGGCCGCGGCUGGUGGAGCGGCUGGUGGGGUUGGGAGACAACAGGAGUGCCGCGGUGGUGGCCAAGAUAGCACAGGAGGAGGUGGCACACGUGGCAGUCGGGGUGGCAUGGUUUGUCUGGGUGUGCGAGCGCAUGGGGGUUGACCCACAGACGUCGUUCACAAGUGUGAUUCGCUCCCUGUGUGCCGAUGGCGUGAAAGGGCCGUUCAACCAUGCCGCUCGUGCCUCUGCUGGCCUGCCACGCCAUUGGUACGACCCCCAACAACCCGCCACUGCUGCCCCACUCAAUACAGUCACAUCCAGCACUGCUGCUGACACACCUGCUUCAGUCACACCUGUUGCACUCACAUCAGCUCAUGGCCCUUCAUUGGAUUCAUCUGGAGUAGUAGGAGGGGUAAAGGAGGGAACUGGAGUGAUGGUGGAAAAACGGUGCUCGGGGCAGCAAGAAGUGGGCAAGAAAUGGAGAAAGCUGAUGAGCGGGCAGGUGAACCGGGCAGCCCGGGAAAAGAUGCGAGAUCAGCUGCAGAGGAAGGCAGCUCGCAUCGAAGCCCACAUCCAACGGUGCGAACGGCUCCUCCAAUCAGACAGCGCCACAUCAUCAUCAUCCACCUCGUCCCUUUCGACAUCAGAAGAAGCGCGUUCCUCACCAGCUGAUUCUCUCGAAGCUCCGUUCCCCGCCUCCUCUGCCUCCUCUGCCUCCUCUGCCUCCUCUUCCUCCUCUGCCUCAUCCUCCCUGAUCUCCACCUCAUUAUCACUUCCAGUCUCACCUUCCCUUUCGGAAUCGGCAUCCAUGCAAGCGUUUCCCUCCUCAUCCAAUCGCCCAUCGCCUUUGGGUGCCUCCCAAAACGCCAUGCCUUUGCCCUCAUCGUCCCAUCACCGAUCGGCCCCUCAGCCACAGCUUUUAGAGAGUGUUGAGAAAGAGAACUCCUCGUCGCAUCCCCCUUACAAGCUGUCUCCUCAAGUGAAACAGGACUUGAAGCAGCAGCAGAGUCAUUCCCUGAAGCAGCUCUCAGAGGUGCACCGUCGCUUGGCCCUGCUCAUCUCCUUUGAGGACCGCUGA